AUGGCCGAAGUAUCUCUCAGUCGCAAUGACCUCAACGUAUUGGAGAAGAUCAAGGAUCCCGACUUCGACCCCGCAGCUAUUGUCAUGUUGGACCAGUCGCUGCCGCGCGACCCCCACAUCACUGACAGCGCCGUCUACGAGCGAGUCAUCCAGAUAGAGCGCGAGAUUAUCUUGUCGAUGCAACAGCUCGAGCUUCAAUUGGCAGGACUCAAGCCCAAGACCAUCGCCGAGCCAGUCGAGGAGUACAAAAGCUUGCUUUCCAAGCUUGACGACUUCGUCUCCGAGUACCCCAGUUAUGCCAGCGCGCGCAACAACCGGACGCAAGCUUUGAGGCGGCUUUACGGUGACACCAUGCUCCUCGACAAUGCUGAGGAUGCGCAGCGUCUGGUACGCGAGCCCAGCUCAGACGAGAGGGCCCGGGCGGCGGCCACCGCGCUCAGCGACACCGAGACAUCGUGGCUCAAGACAGAGAAGAGUCUACUGGGCCAAGAUUGA